AUGAAAACCCAGGUUGAGGAGAGCUUCUCCGAGUAUUUUGAGAAGUGGGUUUGUCAGCUUGAGCAGCUCCAACACCAGCUGAUCAAGUUGUCCCAGGAGAAGGCAGUGCUGCAGAAUGAAGCUGAGCUCCAAGCUUUGGUGUCCAGGGUCACAAGUUUGCACAAAGAAUACUAUACUGCCAAAUGGGCUGCUGCUCAUCAAGAUGUGCUGGCCUUCUUCUGCCCUGUCUGGUCCAGCCCUUUGGAGAAAACCUUUUCAUGGCUGACGGGUUGGAAGCCCUCAAUGUUGUUUAAGCUACUGCGACAAGCUCGGCUGCGUAACGUGUCCGAGCAGCAGCUGAGGAAGAUUGAGGAGCUGAGGCUGAAGACUCGGUACGAGGAGGAGAGGGUGGAGAGGGAGAUGGAGAGGCAGCAGGUGGCCAUGGCGGACCGUAAGAUGGUGGAGCUGGCCAGGCUGACCACUCGGGUCAGAAACGGUGGUGGAGCGGUUGCUGAGGUCGAAGGGAUGGUGGAUAUGGCAAUUAAGGUGAUGCUGAAUGGGUUGGAGAGAGUCAUGAAGGCUGCUGAUUGUGUGAGGCUCAAGGCAUUGAAGGGUGUUUUGGAUUUGCUGAGUCCAUUGCAGUGUGUAGAGUUUUUGGCUGCUAACGGCAUGGUUCAGAUUAAGCUGAGGCAAUUGGAAAGGAAAAGCAGCAACCUAAUUGACCUAAACUAG